UGGGGGGGCAUUUGUUCCAGAAUCCCCUUCUCCCCUCCUGACUGGCUGGGCACACAGAACCACCAUGCCGAACUGGGGAGGUGGCAACAAAUGUGGAGCCUGUGGCCGCACCGUCUACCAUGCUGAGGAGGUGCAGUGCGACGGGAGGAGCUUCCACCGCUGCUGCUUCCUCUGCAUGGUCUGCCGGAAAAACUUGGACAGCACAACUGUAGCAAUUCAUGAUGCUGAAGUUUACUGCAAAUCUUGCUAUGGGAAAAAGUAUGGCCCAAAAGGUUAUGGAUAUGGCCAAGGGGCAGGCACGCUGAACAUGGACAGGGGAGAGAGAUUAGGCAUCAAGCCUGAGAGCACGCCUUCUCCUCACCGGCCCACCACAAAUCCAAACCCAUCCAAGUUCGCUCAGAAGUUUGGAGGGACAGAGAAAUGCUCUAGGUGUGGUGAUUCUGUUUAUGCAGCAGAGAAAGUAAUAGGAGCUGGAAAGCCAUGGCACAAGAACUGCUUCCGAUGUGCCAAGUGUGGAAAAAGCCUAGAAUCUACAACCCUAACUGAAAAAGAGGGAGAAAUCUAUUGUAAAGGUUGUUAUGCCAAGAACUUUGGCCCCAAGGGAUUUGGGUAUGGCCAGGGAGCAGGUGCCCUUGUUCAUGCCCAGUGAGGGAGCUAAAAACGCCUUCCACGCUCUGCUGAGAUCCUGCCAGAAGGAGCAAGAGUUUUCCAAAUGUUACUAACUACUGUGAAACAGAUACUAGUUACUGUAGCGUACCUUCAGCCAAUGAUUUUAAAAACAAACACACACACUGCUUUUUUUCUUGCCUUGUGUAUCACACUGUAACACUUUUAAUAAUGAGUAUCAAUUCAAUAAAGCUUUGCUUGUUGAUAUACCCUAAA